AUGACGUUUCGCUCAUAUCCUCCUGCUACUGUUGAGAAAGUCAGCAGAAUUGCCUUCUUCCGUGUUCAGCUCCGAAGCUCACAGUUGGCAGACACGGCGAUUUCUCCGGCUACCUCUGUGAAUUCCACUGCAACUAAGGUUUCCGGAGAACAUUUUCUGGUCGGUUACCGCUUUCCUGUUCCUCGCAAAGACAGGUACUCGUUGAACGAGUUUUACGGAGACUCGGAAGAAAUGACGGUGUUUCCGGUGAAGUCCUCAACGGAAGCCAGUGAGCAUCGGAAGUUUGCGGCGACAAAGAUGGCGCCAGAGGAGGAGAUUGAAGAGUUCUUCGCAAUGGCGGAGAAAUACGAGCAAAAGCGGUUCGCGGAGAAGUACAACUAUGAUAUUGUUAAAGAUAUGCCAUUGCAAGGUAAAUAUGAAUGGGUUCGUUUAAUUUGA